CCUGAGCUAUCCGGCCCCUAUUGUUAUUGAAACCAAGAUGCUCUGGUUAAAAUCUGUUCAAGGUUUUUAUUUCUUUGCCUAACUCAAGUUCUUCCUUUCCGGAAAUUCCUUGAUUUCUUUGGGGUGUAAAAUGGUACCUGGAUGUCUUUAAGCAGAAACCGAUGGCUUUUUCAUUUGGGUGAUGGAAGACUGGAAACGGAGAAAGUCCUCAUUGUUUCUAUUAAUACAGUUUUAUUUAAUGGAAGGUACAGCCUGAUUCAGACAUGACUGACCUGAGUCAAGUGAAAGAAGAUGAGGAAGAGGAAGAGGGCAAGGAAGAGAACAGCAGUGAGGAGAUAGUGGAGUCUGGAAGUAUUGAGAGCAGAGAAGACGACGAGCCGCUGGCUGGGAGACUAGAGGAGAUCAAGCAGAGAUACGGCAAUUUGUGUCAGAACAGCACCGUUUUCCAAGAAAUGAUACUGCGGCUCAAAGCCGGAUGGAGGAACCAAAAUAAGGAACGGGAUUGUUUGCCUGGGGGCUCGGAGCGGCUGCAGCUGAACAGGAUGAUGUGGGGCGGAGACGAAGUCAGCUUUUCCCCCAGCAUUGGGGGCCAGUUGGGAGCCCUGGACAGUCCCUCGAGGACGGUGGAUUGUCUGCUAGAAGCCAGAGCUCCAAUUUCGAUCCCGUUCGGCGGGGGCUUCUUUGACUUCAGCGAGUUUGCGGUCCAGCAGAGUUUCCUCCAGAGGAAAGGCCAGGAGCUCUCCAAAACGUUUGGGUCGGGCCUGAGCUCCAGCAUGGUGGAGAAGGCACUGCCGGCGGACAAACCCUACAAGUGCAACGAGUGCGGGAAGAGCUUUGGCAAACUCGCCACCUUGAACACGCACGGCCGGACACACACGGGGGAGAAGCCCUUCAAGUGCUCGCACUGCGACAAGGACUUCAGCCAGAGCUCCCACCUGCAGCUGCACGAGCAGACCCACACGGCGGAGAAGCCCUACAAGUGCAAUGAGUGCGGGAAGAGCUUUGGCAAGCGCUCCACCCUCAACACGCACGGCCGGACGCACACGGGGGAGAAGCCCUUCAAGUGCUCGCACUGCGACAAGCGCUUCAGCCAGAGCUCCCACCUGCAGCUCCACGAACGGACCCACACGGGGGAGAAGCCCUACAAGUGCCUGCUGUGCGAGAAGAGCUACAACCAGCGGUCCAGCCUCAUCAUCCACGAGCGAAGCCACACAGGCGAGAAGCCCUACUCCUGCCUGGAGUGCGGGAAGAGCUUCAGCCAAAAGGCCACCCUGGUCCUCCACGAGAAGAGCCACCGGGGGGAGAAGCCCUACAAGUGCCUGGAGUGCGGCAAGGGUUUCAGCCUGAGCGCCGACCUCAUCCGCCACCAGAGCAUCCACACGGGGGAGAAGCCCUACACCUGCUCCGAGUGCGGGAAGAGCUUCAGCCAAAACUCCCACCUCAUGGCCCACAUCCGGACCCACACGGGCGAGAAGCCCCACAAGUGCCUGGAGUGCGGCAAGGGCUUCAACUGGAGCUCGGAGCUCAUCGCCCACGAGCGGACCCACACCGGCGAGAAGCCCUACCAGUGCCUCUACUGCGCCAAGAGCUUCAGCGUCCGCUCCAGCCUCAGCAAACACGAACGGACCCAUACCGGAGAGAAGCCCUUCGUCUGCCCCCAGUGCGGGAAGGGCUUCAUCCAGCGCUCCAGCCUGGUGGCGCACGAGCGCUCCCACACUGGCGAGCGGCCUUACCUGUGCCUGGGCUGCGGAAAAGGCUUCCGGGAGAGCUCGCAGCUCAUCGCCCACGAGCGGACCCACACUGGCGAGAAGCCCUACGUCUGUUCGGAGUGCGGCAGCUGCUUCAAAGCCAAGGCCGCCCUCCUGCGGCACCAGCGUGGUCACUUGGACCUGAACUCCUUCAUCUGUGCCGACUGUGGGAAGAUUUUCUCUUCGGCCGCGGAGUCCCCGGAGAAAUGUCCCGAGUGCGUGAACCUGAGCCUGAUGUCGGAUCUGUCGCAGGCGUCGGAAGAGGCCGAUCUGGAAAUGGCUGAAGGAGCGGGACAAAGCGACGGCGCUAAGAUGUGAAUGGGUGAGGCCGGCUGGGCCUUGGGUGUUCUGCUUUUUUUUGCCGGUCAUAAAAUCGGCUUCCUCUUUGGAUGGAGCGGACCCCGGAAAAAGGGACUGUGCCGCGGCUGACAGAGGACCGGUUUUGUUGACGGGCCGUGUCUGUGGGCAGCUGAAUGCCUUCCCCACAGAUGUGCUGGCCCUCGCAGUUUUGGUUCCCGUUGCCAAACCAGGCCCAUUUCAGACCCUUUGGAGGGGAGCUGGAAAUGCAGAGAGAACCAGAAUCAGGUGGAUACGAAAAUGGAAGCAAAUGCCUGAAGUUUUAGCAUUGUCCUUUGCUACCCAGGGCCUAGAAUGCGGCUCCUGAUCAACUGGAGAUUUGGGUCUGUAGCAGAGGAACCACGAGACGCGUCUUCAAGGCUCUUGUUUUUGAUACACGGGCCCCUUGCUGCCUAUCCGAAGAGACUUCGGUUUCACAAAGGGUUGUUGUUUUUUUUAAUGAAUUGUGCUCAACUUUUCAAUGGAUUUGAACUGUAAAGAACUUUACCUCACUAAAUCCUAGUGGAUGCACGUGAAACGCUUGGAACCGGGCUGGCCUUCGAAUCGGGCUGGGGUCAGCCUGCCUGAGCGCAGAGCUGGUUUUUUUGCCUUGUGUCAAAAAAAAUAGUGGCACAGCAGCAAAAAAAUACAGGAGGGGACAUUAAUGGAGGAAAAUUGGUUUGGUCCCAUUGGACCUUGAGCAAUUAAUUCGAUUCCUGUCUCUUUUCACAUUUGCUUUAACUAGCAAGCUCAGCUGACUAUUAAGUUUUUAUUAUUUAUUUGAUAGCCAGAUAGAAGUACGAGCUUUUUCUCCCUUUGGAUGAAAUGAGGGUAAUUUGGUAGGACAUCCCAAUUAACGUAGCAACAUCCAGUUGCAAGAUGGCUGGAAUGAGAGGCAGCUUUCCAGACAGGCACCCCGUUAAGGGAGAUUGCAGGAAAACACAUGUCCGAACACAAAUCUUUUUCAAGAAAGCCAUUCUAGGUACAUCGAGAAGGUGUGGCUCUGUUGCCAGAGAGGGAAAAAUGAAAAUUUAACAGUUUUGCACUUAACUCCCUGGCAGUGGAAAGCUAGUACCUCAGGGGACUAGUACAAGGCUACCUCUUGUACUACUUGCAGUGAACCUGUUCCAUUAAUAAACCUAUUUAGGCAGCAUUUUUCCUCACGUUUAUCCUACAGUAGUGUAUUUCAACUUUGACAACUUUUAAGAUGGGUGGACUUCAAGUCCCCAGAAUUCCUCAGCUAGCCAUGCUGGCUGGGCAAUUCUGGGAUUUGAAGUCCACCGAUCUUAAAAGUUGGCAAAAUUAAAAAAACAAACAAACACUGUCCUACAGUAACACAAUCCGUCCAUUAACCACUUUGUACUUCAUACCUAAACCUGGCCUGUAGCCUUCCCUAACCUCAUUCCUUGCUGACUGAAUUAUGGGAGUUGUCGUUACCACACAUCUGACGAGCAUGAAGUUUGGGAAGAAGCAUAGAAUUCUGGAUUUUAUCUUUGUAAGUUGGGGACCCAGGAAUUGACUCUCUCUCUCUCUCUUUGCAAACUAAAAGUUUAUUCCAGGUGGGUAGACUGUAGAUAGAUAAAACAGUAAACGACUUCUGAAGGGGAGGAUCCAUAUCUCUCUCAAAUAAUUAAAAGGUAAAGCUUUGAUAAUUGCCACCUUGCUCUGCAAAAAAAGGGGUUUUAUAAGAUAUCAGCUUUGCAUUGGCCACACCUGGCUGAAUCCAGUUGUAAACCAGUUUUAGCAGGGGUGGGAUUCAGGCAGUUCGCACCACUUCAGGAGAACCGGUUGUUAACUUUCUGAGCAGUUUGGCAAAACUGGUUGUUGAAAGAAAUCAUUAGGGCAGAGAACCGGUUGUUAAAUUACUUGAAUUCCACCCCUGAGUUUUAAGUGUCCUGAAGUACUGUAGAAGAGGGGACCGGAAAUGUCUCCGCGAAAGGAUUUUUCCUCACAUGAGGAAAAAUUUGUGAGGAAUUUUGCCUCAAGAAGGCAGCUGGGAUUCCUUGCGAAGUGAAAUCAUUAAAAGAAAAAAAAAACUUGACGUCUGUAGGGCAGAAGUUCCUUUAGAUCAGACAUCUCCAAACUUUUAAGACUUGUUGACUUCAGCUCCCAGAAUUCCCUAGCCUGCCAAUUCAUGCUUAUUUCCUUCCAAGAAAUUCCUCGCACACACCAUUCUUUUGCAUUUUUAUUCAAAGUGUUGGCGCAGACAUGGAGGGGUGUGCGUGUGUGGUUCUGUCACAGAAAUUAUACCUUGCUAAAUUGUUUUCACUUGCAACUUAAGCCAAGCGUCCAUCCCCAACCUUGGUUUGUCCAGAUUGUGGCUUCCUAUCAUUAAGAGUUAGGGUGAAUGUGAAUGUGAAUGCGAAUGGAAUUGAAUUGAAAACAACUAGGAGUAUCCAGGCUGGGUUAAUAUAGCACUGGCAAUAGCACUUAGACUUAUAUACCUCUUCACGAUGCUUGACAGCCCUCUCUAAAUGGUUUAUAGAGUCAGCGUAUUGCCCCCCAACAAUCUGGGUCCUCGUUUUACCGACCUCAGAAGGAUGGAAGACUGACUCAACCUUGAGCCAGUCAGGAUCGAACUCCUGGCAGUGGGCAGAGCUAGUUUGCUUUAUAGCUUUCUAACCACUCUGCCACAACGACCCUUAAUAGAGACAAAGUCAGUGGUCGCUUUCCACCACUCAUACAUAAAGCGCAUCUGUGAGGUAAGGUCCUUGGUGGUUUUCUUGCGGACUUUCAUCACCCAACUAGGUAACACCAUCAGUGCUGGAAGGGUUUGGGGUUUAUCCCUUCCGGCACAGAUGACGUUACCCAGUAGGGUAAUGUAACAUCUGCAAGAAAGCAACCAAGCUCAAUUCUACCCUGAGCUACAAAUGUUGUCUUCUUCGGUACACUUGAAAAUAACCGUGGUUAAAUUUUUUUAGGUGUCUGCAAAAGCUGAUGUUUUGCAAGGCUGUUAACAUCUGAUGAAAUUUGUGUAUUCUUCUGAGAUUUUAGACUACCAUGGAUGAUUACUUGAUGUUUUGUAAGAUUUGGGAUCAUUUUUAAAAAAAUAAUUAUUAUUAUUUUGUGAGCACUCUUUGGAGUUGUGGAAUCUGGAAAGAUUGCUGACCCCUGAUGUCAAAUAUCACCCUGUAUGUGAUGCUUGUAUAGGUUCCUAUAAUCUGAUGCUGUCUUCAGCAGUAGAUAAUUAUUUUUUCUGUGUUUUGUUUUUUUUUUACAAAAUCUAAUAUAGGUACAAGCAAUGCCUUCCUCCCGGGCUUCUUCUGUUAGUUUGGGUACUUUAAAAGGGGCACAUUAUCAUAAGGACUUUACCAUGCUUUCAGAAAUGUGAAAUUUACACUGAAUAUUUAAACCCUGGGAGAUUGGCGCUCUGCCCCACGAGCACUGCCUCUAUCCGUUCUGUUCUCAUAUUAGGGCUGUGCUCCUCAACCAUGGCAAUUUGAAGGUGGGUGGACUUCAACUCCCAGAAUUCCCCAGCCAGCCACGGGGAAUUCUGGGAGUUGAAGUCUACCCACCUUAAAAGUUGCCAAGGUUGAAAAACACCGCAUUAGGGUUUAUGUAAAGCCACCUUUCUGACUAUAAGCAAGACCUACUUGUAUGAAUUGUUAGAAAUGGGGAGGUCUCCUUGGUCUUGUUUCUUGCUCUGGAAUAUUGCUCCAGUAUCCAAAUAGGCUGGUCUUUAAUCCUCUCCCCCCCACUUUUUAAAUUUUUGUAAUGCUCUUAUUUUUUUGGGGGGGGGUUCCUUCUCUCCUCCCCAGCUUUCUGGCUUUGCUUUCAAUGUGAAUAUGCUUUGUUUCGCAUCUCACUUGGGCUCAUGGUUUUUCUUCGUUAUUUUUGAGCGUUAAUAAAAAUAAUAAAACGAUCUCCUAACAUGCCAAAAUUCUUCUGCCUUGUCAUCCAUCUUGGCCUUGGUGUCUUCCUCACCGUCCAGAUUCGCUUUUUUAUCCUAUU